UUCCUCUUCAUCCUGGCUGCUUCAUUCCCAUCCGACUCGCCGUUUUUCCCUAUCGCAUCCAUCAAAAUCAUCAGUUCUAUUCGACCGUGGUAUCCCCUGCUUGACUCCAUCACAAUCAUGACCAUCUCUUCCCUCGUCCGUCGAGGUGUGGAGGCCGCCUUGGAGCAGCCUACCCCGAACCAACCCACCAUCCAUUUCGCAGGAUGGCUGUCAGCUCUGUUUGUCUUCACGGUCCUCGCCUUCAUCGCUAUCGGAUUUUCAGUGGAGUACACUUAUGGAAUGCUGAUCCCGACCCUCGCCGCUAUCGAGGAUUCCAACCCCGAUGUCUACGUCCGAAUCGAUGGCAACCUUGACGCCAACAAGCCUGUUGAUGCAAACGAGCCCGAUACCGAGCCUGUGAUCGAAACUCCCCCUCCGACGCCCAUCACCAGCAAACUACGCACCACGAUUCAGCACCUCCGUGCCCGUGCCGGUUUCCUCUCCCGCUUCCGUGGCUUGAGCAUGCUCGUCACUUAUGGUCUUGCACAAGGGCUGGUCUUCUCCAUGAUGCCGUUCUCUAUCAACGCAUUCUUCUCUCAGUUUGUUGUCGGCACGAUCUGCAGCGUCGCAUUGGCCAACCUGCAGUUGGCGUGGGUUCACAUUGUUAUCUCCGAGCCUUCUCCCAAACGUUUCUACCAGCGGAUCCCCGGUUUUGAUGCCUGGAAGAAGAUCGCUCCUGUUGUUGCUUUCGAACAUGCCGUUACCAAUGCUGCAUAUUACAUUCCCCUGAUCCUGAUCAGCGCUUGCAACGGCUUCAAGAACAUUGAGAACCCCUCCGGCGGUGACUCCCCAGCCAAAACUUUCGCCGGCGCUGCUACGCUCGUCUCCCUGCCAGCCCUUCUCUCUUUCGUGGUGUCUAUUCCCGCCCGGGCCAUCUUCAUCCGCGUGGCUGCGUCUAUGCUCCCUGAGGAGGAUGAGUCGAUUGUGCCUUUCGACCGUUCCUUCGGCGGCAAGGUCUCUCCCGCCAUUGUCGGCGGCAGCGGCAAGCUGAGCAUCAUGGAUGCUUGGAAGACUUUCGACCGGCCUGCUCUGAUCCGCUUCGUCAAGGCCAUCGGCAAAGGGUUCGCUAUUGAGGUUGCUGUGGCUGCGUUCUUCACCACUCUGCUGGUUGCGCAGGUUUGGGCUGGAGCGGUCACCUAUGGCUUCGCUGGAAACAACGCUUAACUACAGCCGAAUGCCUUAAAAGUGUGUACAGAUCCAAAACAAUCAGCUACGACUCUGCUCUUCAGCAUGACUCUAUACAUAAGUCCUAGUGUUUGAUGAUAUAGCGCUUACAUGAUAAUCCAUAUCCCAUCCAUGACGUAGUUUGAACCUGUGUAAUGUGAUUCAAUUCUAGCCAUCUCGUGCACGGAUGAGUGGUUGGCGAGCAUUCUUACAGGUACCCCUAUCGCCCAUAUUUCUUUGUUCGCCCUUCCCGUCGCAUCGGGCAGGGAUAAGCAUGGCGUGUGACACAGGAGGGGACUUGGGAGAGUCGGGAUUGUCCUGCGGAGGUCCGGAGGAGUAAGCGUUAU